AUGUGUUCCAUUCCCGGCCUCCCCACGCCAGGAUCCGAAGUAACCAUCGAGAUCAGGAGGGUGAACACAAACCCAAAAUGUGGUCUUGUGGAGCUUUGGGUCAACAUUGACGUCAGCAGAAAGCAAGCCUAUGAUCAGAUGAAGAAAAAGAUACAGCUUCCAAAAAGAAAUUUUUGUGCCUCUGAAGGAAAAAUGGGGGAUAUGUGUCUGGUUUGCAUCGGCAACGUGUGGCACAGGGCUCGCAUCGUGUCCAUCCAAAGUGACACCUGCCAGGUCUUCCUUCUUGAUCAAGGAGAGCCUUACGUUAGCACCCGGGACUCUCUAGCGUGGGGCCAUUCUGACAGUUUCUUCCUCCCUCCGGAAAUCGAGUCCUGUAUCCUUGCCAAUGUCCUGUCUCUCAAGGAAAAGUGGUCCAAAAAAGCGCUCAGUUUCUUGUUGUCCCUCCCCGAAAAGACGCUAAAUGGUGUGGUCCAGCACGUCUUGAUGCCAGGCAGGACAAUUCUCCUUGACAUACCCUUCGUCUCCAAGCAAAUGUGCACCCUUGGUGCUAUGAGGAAGCUCCCGGCGGAUGAGUUCAAAGGAGUUGUACUCGAAUGUUUGACUCCACCCAAAGACGAUGCACCCAUCACCGCAAUCACCCAGGAUCGGAGUGUGAACGUCCAACUUGACGACCGCUACUUCUACCCUGAACUGCUCUGUGGCAUGUAUGAGACAGUUUACGUAACAGAAGUGACCGAUCCUCAAAAUGUAUUCUGCAGUCUGCAGAUUUACUCCAAAGCAUUGAAGACUCUGUCAGAAGAGAUCCAAGAGUUCUACAAGGACUUGGAUUCCGGAGGUGAACGACCUCAAACCUGCGGGGAUCCGUGUGCUGCCAGAGGAAAUAACGGCACGUGGUAUCGUUCGUUACUCAAGCAAAGCAUCGGGACCGAUGAUGAACUUGUCGAAGUUGCUCACGUUGAUGUCGGGAAAAACGAACACGUGUCGGUAGGAUGCAUCCGACACAUGGCGAGGAAAUUCCUGAGGAUGCCUGUGGUCACAUAUCACUUCUCUCUUCACGGAGCGGACGGCACCAGAAGGACGGCAAAGCAGAACGAAUAUCUGAAGUCGAUAUUGCUGAACAAAACCUUUGUGGCUAAGCUAGAGAAGCAGUUCCAAGACACUUAUAGCGUCACGUUCUACGAUGGGAAUGUUGCAUGUAUGACAGCAGAAGUUGUCCCAUCUGCUCAGGAUGAAGGACAGCAGACAGAAAUCCAGAUUACGACGCUGUCAGGAGAGCAGGAUGUUGACCAGCAGAACCUCGUCAUCUUAAAUGUUAAGAGCUUACCAGAGGAACCCUUGUCAAGUACAGAGAAUGAACUAGAUACUGGCACUUCCCCUUCUAGUCUUUGUCAUGAGAAGACUAUUAAUGACCAAUGUUCUAAAGGCUCUCAUCAUGAGCAUGUGUUGUCUGUUGGAAGUACUGUAGACGUGACUGUAUCCUGUGUCGAAGGUCCUCAGAAGUUCUGGUGUCAAAGGACUAUAAAUGAAGAGAAUCUGCAACGGAUGAUGGAAGAUCUGCAAAACCACUACGCCUCUGUCCAACCUCUGCCCAUUGUUAAGGGCACCUGUGUUGCUCGAAACCCAGAAGACGGUGUGUGGUACAGGGCAAGGAUUGUUACUAGUCAGCAUUUUCCCGAAGUGGACGUAAAGUUUUUGGAUUACGGUGGUACACGAAGUGUGCCCCUUGGAGAUGUAUGUCCCAUUGAGCCGGCGUUCCUGGAGGUUGAACCGCAGGCUUUUCAGUGUUGCCUCUUCAACACAAAGGCUAAUUCUGCAUCAGCCGUGUUUCCGGUGACAGCUGAUUCUCAAAACACUGGAUUCAAAUGCACCAUAAAAGAUAGAAUUUGCGAUGAAGGGGGGCAACCGGUUAUCGUCGUAGACUUUGAAAUGCCGGCUCAAAGCGCUUGCAGUCUGCUCUCUCCAAUGGAUACCUAUAAUUAUUCCACAUACGAUAUGAAAUUGGGCACAAAAGAAAAGGCAUGGAUAACCUCUUCGAAAACAGUACAUAGCUUCUUCUGCCAGCUCGACAGAAAUUCUCAUUUGUUUGACAAAGUGCAGGCAGAUAUCAAACAGCAAGUCUGCAAGUCACAGCGUUCAGAUGAACUCCUAAAAUCCAACGCCCUUUGCCUUGCACGGUAUGUUGAUGACGAAUGGUACAGAGGUCAAGUGGUCCAGACAUCUCCAGAACUCAAGGUGCUCUUUGUGGACUACGGCGAGACCCUCACAGCGAAUGCAUCUGAUGUUCAACCUUUGCCUGCCAGAGCUAGCCUGGCAAAGUCAGUCCCUGUAUUGGCCGUUCUGCUCGGACUUUUCGGUCUUCCGGCCGACAUACCCAAAGAGGUCAACCAGUGGUUUGCAAAUAACGCCAUUGGCACAACUGUGACGGUUUCUGUGGUGGCCAAAGGCGCUGACGGGAAGCUUUUGGUGGAAUUAUUUGAAGGGCUGCUGAAUGUCAAUAUGAUUGUCCGGGAGAAGGUAGCACUCGUGGAACACGCAAAGACCAACCAAGAUCUACGGGUCAACCAAGAGGUUGCUUCAAAACGGCUCACCACACCAAUUAAGGCGUUUUUACCUGAAGAAAUCACAUCUAUAUCAAUACUAGGAGAGCAAAAUAAAGAUCAAAACAUCAACGGAAAUUGUGCUUCAGAUGAGCAGGUGUUGGACAAGUCUCAGAACCAAACUCUUGGACCUGUACCCGAGUGUGAAAAAAAGAUCAUUUACGAGGAAUGUUUGAACGGCACUCCAGAGGUUUUGGUAGAGACCCCAAAAGAGAUCAAUGCUGUCACGUCAACAUCUGAGAAGAUCUUUGCAUAUCACAGCCCAGUCAUAUCUCACCACACGUCCGAGGAGAUGUACGCCUCCUGCAUCGUGGGACCCGGUUACUUCUGGUGUCAGUUCGCCCAAACUGAAAACCUGGACACGGUGUCAAGACUCACCCAGAGCAUCGGUGAGACUUUAAAGGAUGCAGAGGUCCCCAAGAAUUUGAAUCCCGGCAGUCCGUGCCUUGCCGUAUUUUCCGAAGACUCCCAGUGGUAUCGCGCUCAAGUGCUUUGGAAGACCGACAGCACAGUUUGUGUGGUGUUUGUGGACUACGGCAACGAGUCUGAGGUGGACAUUAAAGAUGUGAGAUACCUCCCACAGUCUCUGAUUGAACAUGCUCCUCAGGCAUUGUUGUGUUCUUUGGAUGGAUUUGACAAGUCCAAGGGAUCGUGGGAUGAUCAAGUUUACGAAGAGUUCUACAAUGUCCUGGUGGAUCAGCUUCUCACCGUGACAGUUCUCAGUGCACAAGAACAUUCAGAGUGUGCCUUUCAAGAACACUCAGUAAAAGUCCAAUGCGGAGGUCAAGAUUUGAAUGAGGCCAUGCGAAAAUUCUGGAAACCUAUUUCCACACAGCCUGAGACUGAAAAGAUUCAAACAGCCAGCAACCCACCACAACCAUCCAACAUGACCCACCUUGAGGAAAAUGCAAGAUCAUUCUCAUACAAGAUGCCAAACAUCCCGUUAAACAUAGCCGAGAUGGUCUACGCUUCGUGUGUGGCGGAGCCCCAUUUUUUCUGGUGUCAGUUUGCCGACACCGAGGACCUCAGCGAUGUGGUGAAACUGGCACAGGAAGCCGGACAAGUAGAACCAGAUUCUUCGUCCUCAAGCACCUUUGGACCAGGUAGCCCUUGCCUUGCGCUCUUUUCUGCAGACGACCAGUGGUAUCGAGCGCUGAUCAUGAGCCGACAAGACGAUGAAGUCCAUGUUGUGUUUAUCGACUACGGCAACGAAUCGGACGUGGACGUGAAAAACGUGAGACCUCUCUGUCAAACUCUGCAGGAGUAUACACCCCAGGCUUUUUUGUGCUCACUGAACGGAUUUGACCAGUCUAAGGGCACCUGGGAGAUUGAAGUCUAUGACGACUUUUACAAUCUUCUAGUGGAUAAACCCAUCGUCGUGACGGUGUCCCAUAUAGAAGAACAUGCGGAGAUGAUGCUUCCUCAGCAUGUGGUGGAAAUCAUUUGUGAGGGAACGUCUGUCAAUGCAGCGAUGCAGAAAUACUGGAAACCAACAUCUUGAGGAAAAUAUUACGAUCCCUACGAGGGAAAACAGUAUGUACUAAAUGCACAUUUUUUCAUGUCGAUUUUGUCAAUGCAGAUUUUCUGGAGUGGGCGUCCACUCUUGCUGAGAAAGCGGG